GCCUCUCCCAGCCUCUCCUAUCCGGUACACGCGGUCGAGGGUACGUGCGGAGCACACGUUAUCGCGCGCCGACGGUAUUUCAACGCCUGCAAGCCGCCGCGGAGCUCACGCCGUGGUAUAUGGUGAAUCUGUAGCCGAUCACGCUGAGAGGAAACAUGGCGCGUUACGGGCAGAGACCCGAGAACGCCCUGAAAAGGGCGAACGAAUUUAUAGAAGUCGGUAAACCGGCUCGAGCUUUGGACACGUUACAAGAGGUCUUUAGAAACAAGAAAUGGACCUACAAUUGGUCAGAAUCGGUGCUGGAGCCGAUCAUGUUCAAGUAUCUAGACCUGUGUGUGGAACUGAAGAAGUCGCACAUAGCGAAGGAAGGCUUGUUCCAGUACAGGAACAUGUUCCAGUCCGUCAACGUUGGAAGUCUGGAGAACGUCAUACGCGGAUACUUGAAAAUGGCUGAGGAGAAAACCAAUGCGGCGCGCAAGCAGAGUCAGCAAGCCGUCAUUGAUAUUGAUGAUCUAGAUAACCUUGCUACGCCUGAGAGCAUCUUGCUGUCGGCCGUUAGCGGAGAAGAUGCGCAAGACCGGAGUGACCGGACAAUCUUAACACCCUGGGUUAAAUUCCUAUGGGAAUCAUACUGCCAGUGUCUGGAAUUGCUCAGGACGAACGCUCAUGUAGAAACCCUUUACCAUGAUAUAGCACGAAUGGCAUUCCAGUUUUGUCUGGAAUACAGUAGAAAGACCGAGUUUCGCAAGUUGUGCGAAAAAUUACGAAAACAUCUGGAAGAAAUAUGCAAAUUGCCUCCGCUCGUGUCGAAUGUGUCCAUGAAUAAGGCAGAAACACAACAGCUGAAUCUAGAAACUAGGUUAAAUCAACUGGAUUCUGCAAUUCAGAUGGAGUUGUGGCAGGAGGCUUUUAAGUCUUCGGAGGACGUUCAUGGAAUGAUGAAUUUGUCGAAGAAGCUUCCUGUGCCAAAAACAAUGGCAAAUUACUACCAGAAGCUGGCUAUGGUUUUCUGGAAGGCCGGCAAUUACCUGUUUCACGCGGCCGCAUUGUUCAAACUUCUGCAACUCUCGCGUGAAAUGAAGAAGAACAUGUCCUCGGAGGAACAGCAGCGAAUGGCCAACCGUGUAUUAUUGGCAACGUUGUCGAUACCGUUGCCGUCCGCGCAUCCCGAGUUCGAUCGUUUUAUAGAGACCGACAAAAGCCCGCUGGAAAAAGCGCAGAAACUCGCGACUCUUUUGGGCCUCUCGCAACCACCGACGCGCGUAUCUUUGUUGAAAGACAUCGUUCGCUUGAACGUUGUCAGCCUCGCGUCACCGCAAUUACAAGAACUAUAUUCGUGGUUAGAGGUGGAGUUUCAUCCAUUAGAACUCUGUAGCAGAGUUGAUUCUGUCAUUCAGACCUUACAGGCAGACGAAAACAGUCCGUUAGUCCAGUACAUCCCGGCUUUGCAAGAUGUUACACUCGUGCGUCUUGUCCAUCAAAUUUCUCAAGUUUAUCAAACUAUACAAUUCUCCAGACUCCUAGAACUCGCCAAAUUCACUACUGAUUUUCACCUUGAGCGUCUUUUGGUAGACUGCGUGCGCUAUAACGACAUGCAGAUCAGAAUAGACCACGGCAAGACAUGUGUUCACUUCGGAGUGGAUCUCUCGGAGGCGCAACGAGAGGAUCAUCCAGAUGGUCCGGUAUUGCAGGCGAUGCCCUCCGAACAAAUACGCUGCCAAUUGGUGAACAUGGCGACCGUGUUGCACCGUGCCAUUAAUGUGAUAAAUCCUAACAAAAAGAAACUCGAGCGUGAGAAGCUACGCAACGCGAUGGUCGCUCACUAUCACGAAACCAAGAUGAAGGAGCAUCAGAGAAUAUUGGGCAGGCAUAAGAUUAUCGAGGAGCGAAAGGAGUACAUCGAGCACAUCAAUACGGUCCGCGAAGAGGAGGAGAUGCGCCGACAGGAGGAGCUCCAGCGGCAGCAGAUGCUGGCUGAACAAAAGCGACUGGAACAGGAGCGGGAGGAGCGUGAGCGGAAGCGUCAGCAGAGCGAGAUUCAGCAGAUCAAGGAUCGCCAUCUCAAGGAAAAGAUGCAGCAAAUCUCACAGACGAGCCACGGGCAAAAGGUACUGAAGAAAUUAGACGAAGAUGAGAUCAAAAAGUUGGACGCGGAGCAGAUCGCGGCGCGGGAAGCUGAAGAACUGCAGAAAGAACGUAGGGAGAUGCAGCAGAAGCUUAAAUCUCAGGAGAAGAAAGUCGAUUAUCUUGAGCGUGCUAAACGACUCGAGGAGAUCCCGCUGCUGGACAAGGCUUUGCAGGACAAGAUGCAACAAGCGAAACAGCUCUGGCGACAGCAGGAGGAUGAGCGAAUCGCCGCGGCUAUCGAAGAGAGGCAGGAGGCUGUCGCGACUCAAGAGCGCUUAGCGCGUAUGAAAGAGGAUCACGACAUCUUCCUGGCCAAGAUCUUGGCUGAGCGUAGGAGCAUAUACAUGGAAAAACAAAAGGACUUUGAUAAACUGAUGAACGAGGAACGUGCCAAGCGGUUGUUGAAGCGCAAAAUGGAGCGUAAAGCUGAGCGUAAGGCGAAAUGGGAGAAGGAACGUGCGGAAGCCGCGGAACGAAGACGACUGGAAGAAUUGCGAAUUAAACAGGAAGAGGAAAAGAAACGUCUUGAGGAGGAAAGAGCCAAGAAGGAGGAGGAGGAGAGAAUCAGACGGGCCGAAGAGGAAGCUAAAGAAGCCGAACGUUUGGCUAAGCUUAAGAAACAAUCCGAAAUUAUUAGAGCCAAGGACGCUGAAAUCGAACGUAAAUUGGAGGAAGAUCGGCAGAGAGAUAAAGAAUUGACUUCAACAUGGCGACGUGGGGAUAAAGAUCAUGAUCGUGAACGCGAUCGUGACCGUGACCGCGAUCGUGAUCGUGAUCGUGAUCGCGAUCGCGAACGCGAACGCGAUGGUCCAAAACCCUCGCUGGACUCAUGGCGGCGUAAUGCUGACAAAGACGCCGAUGGACUCAAAAACGAAACGGAUCGCUGGAGGAAACGCGAUGACAAAAUCGAGGAUUCUUCAUGGAAGAGAAGGGAACCGGAACGUCGCGACGUGGAUAAAUGGAGAAGAAACGACGACUCGGACCGAUGGAAGAAGGAUCCUAUGGAUAAAUGGAGGAAAGAUGAUAACUUUGAUAAAGACGAUUUAAAAGAUCGAGAUAGGCUAGACAAUCGUGGUUUCGACAAAAGAGAUGAUCGCGAUCGCGACCGCGAUCGUGACCGUGACCGUGACCGUGGAAUGGAUGGACGCGGAGUACGUGAGAUUCCACGUGACGGGAUACGUGAUGAUCGGGAUCGAGAUCGCGGUAGAAUGUCUGAUCGCCGUGGCGGUUUUCGCGAGCGGCGUGACGAACCAGCACGAAAUACCAAUCAGGACUGGCGGAAACGCGACCCACCUCAAGAUUCCCCGAGAGAUCCACCCAAGCGUGAGCGAGAUGGUAAAGAUGACAGACUUCCGCCUAAAGCUGACGAAAGAAGGCGACCAGUAGAGGAUGAUGGCUGGUCCAAAGUCAGUCGGCGCUAACAUCAAAGCCUCAGUUAAUCGUGUAGCUUUAUAUAAUAUUAUAUAAUAUAAAUUUAUUAUUCUCUAAGAGCGACAUAAUAUACAUAUAUGAAUAGACUUUUUAUCUAAUACGGAAGUCUGUCCAUUUUUAUUGUUUUGUGCGUGGCUUUAUUCUUCCAGACAAGAAAAUGGGCGGGGAAUAGCUUUAGUGAAUAGAUGUAUAGUGAGAAUUGGAGAUGCAAGAUAUUUUGAUGAAGAUUAGAUAUGAUUAGAUACGAUAGAUUAUAUUGAUUAGUAUGCAAAACAGAUAUGGCAAAUCCGCGUUUGAAAUAUUCGAUCCAAUAUAGAUUCAAGUCGAUAGUCAUUCUAAUAUCAUAAUUAAAAUAUCUUGUUUCAAAGGACUAACAAUAAGAUAUAGAAAAGAUAGAGAUAUCAAUAAAAUUCUCUUGUACCCUACUCCUUCAUUAAAUUUUUUUUUACAUUAUCUCGCGUGUUAUCACACAUCUUUCCUUAAGAGGAAAAUUGUACAAUUUCCUACUGUACGUUUUCUUCCCAUCGCAUACCUACAGCAAAUGAUUAUUGUAUAUUAUACGCAUGAAACCAUUUAUGUGAAAUAAAUUAUAAGGACGAGGAUCUCGACGUAAUGAAGGAAAUAAAGUAUGUACGAAGAUUAUAACACAUUCUAUGACCUGUUCGCUGUUUUAUUAUUACGCCCGCGACAUCAUUGUAAUAAAUAUACUCCCGAGGAGCAAACUUUUUAUUGUAUUUACAUUUCAUGAUACGUUCCAUGUACGAUUUGCCACGGCCACGGAAUUAAAUCGUACAUUUUAUAUGGAUAUAACAGUCUCAAGAAAUAAUUGUUAAAAGUAUUUAGUCUCGAAGAAAAGGCACGCCACGCUUACUUAUUAAAUAUCCUCUAACUAAUUGGAUUAUAGGUAGAAAUAUAUAUAUAUUAUCGUUCUCUUUUAAAAGCCCAGUCUAGUCAAAACAAUCGCCUUUGUAAAAAAAAAAGAAAAAACAUAGCUAAAUAAGGAUAUAAAAAUGGAUUUCAACUAUUUACGAGAUAUAUCAGGAGAUAACUCGAUAAUAAUCAUGAUAAACCAGAAGGCAUACCAUCUGAAUUCGUAGCGCAUAAUUUACAUACACAUCUGUAUACGAAUGUUUAUACUAUCAACGAUAGAAAUUUGUUAACCGAAGUCUGAAACGAUAAUUGUCUAGAUUGCGGCCUUAUUGAUAAAAAAAAAAAAACUAAUGUAUAGAUUAAGCUAUAAUAAAGCGUUUUUCCAUGCUCAA